AGAGAGGCUGACUGGAGGGUCUCUUUUGCCAGACAAAAAAAAAAAGACUGGAGGAGGUAACAAGACAAAAAGAAAAGGAAAAACCAUUGAAGAGCAAAAUCUGCGGAGUAAGGCUGGGAUCUUGGCUGCAAAAGGGACUGAUCAUAUGUGGUUAAACACGAGAAAGUCUAAAAAAAAAAAAAUGUCAAGCUCAAUCCCUCCGUAUUUAUGCCUCUCUCCUCUUCAUCUCAUAUUCUUUCUUUCAUCUUCUUUUUAUCUGCCUACACAGAGUCAAGAAAGAAAGUAAGAAACAGAAUGUUGAAGGAUUUCAUGCCGUGUUUGGCCAUGGCUCUGGUGCAGGUAGGCUAUGCUGUAAUGAACAUCACCUCGAAACUGGCCAUGGAAGCCGGUAUGAAACCUCUUGUUCUCGUGGCUUACCGUCAAAUCUUUUCCGUCAUUGUCAUCGCCCCCUUCGCUUUUUUCAUGGAGCGGUAAUAAUCUAUUCAAGAAAACAAAAACAACUUUCUUUCUUUCUUUUUUCUAGUUCUUUAAGUAGUACAUCUAAUUGAAGCAAACGGUUUUUUUUUUUUUUCUCUGAUUAUCUUUGAUAUGGGCUCUGGUUUGGUUUCUGGGAAAAUGCAGGAAAGAGAUGUCUUUUAAAAAAAAAAUUAAUAUAAAGCAAAGAAGUUAAUUCCGUUUCUUGCCGGUACGUACCGGAUUUUUCCAUGCACCGAAAUGGUAUAAAGCUUAAUUUAGUUUUGGUCAAAUUUCGCUCGUUUCGGUCAAAUCUCCGUAUUCCGGCUGGUAUUCCGGUGUACCGGUAGUGUUGACAACCACUCCAGAUUUUUUUGAAGAAGAGAGAUCCUCCCUUUCUGGUGGCUGCCGAACCCCUCUGCUUACCGGUGAUGAAGGUGGAGGCAGUGAUGAUGAUGAGACGCAAGAAAAUGUCAAGGUCAGAGUCCCAAGGGGCUUGCGGCUAGAUCUAUAUCGUCUUCUUGGUGAUUGGUGAGAUGAGCGUGACGAUUAGCUAGCAAGAGGUGGCCGUCGCAGAUCUGCAAAAGGGAGAAGGGAGAAAAAUCGAGAGGCUUUCUGUAUUUUUUUUUUUAGUCUGCUGUUUCGUUCACACUUGACAAGAGGGGAAACUAGGGUUUCUUUUAUUGUUAAAUUUGGGUUUUGAUGGGUCGGGCUAUGAAAUUGGGUUGGAACUUGAAUUAAAUUGUUGGUGGGCU